GGAUAACGAUGGAAGAAUCACCGAAAGUCACUUGAUUCUGCAGGAAACCAUGAUGGGAAUGCGAUUUACCUCCGGGAAGAGGAGGUUCCGAGGUUGGAGGUUUUCGAAAAGGGUGGGCGAGUGGAUUGAGGAAGAGGAAGAAUUUGAAGAAGUUUUUUUGCCAGCAGGAGCUGCACCUACUUCACACGGGCAGCACGGAGCCACAACGCCGCAACAUGUUGAAGACGGGAGCAGGCUUUCAACAGGUGCUGGCGCAACGACUAGUCAUCGGGUUUUUGACCGCAGUAUUAAAGAUCCAGAAGAAAAUUUCUACAUUUUCAGUGAUACAACUGCGACGUCGAGAGGCAGCGGUGCCUACAUCUCCCUGCUAUUGGAGAAUAAGUUGGCGCAGAAAGAAGAAGAACAACUGAACAAAAGUGCUAUUCUCGCCCAAUUUAGCCCCAUGGAGAGGGCACAAGAUCUGAUGAUGUCCAGGCAGUCCGCUAUCGACCUAUCAGUUUUGUUGCCGAGAAAGCUGCACUUUCUGUGGGUGGAUGCAGUUCCCGUCGAGGUGGCGGGUGAUGUAGUUCCUGGUACGGCGGAGGACUUAUUUGCCGGACGAUCUCCACAGGAAGCUGCUUCUGAUCGACGCGGUUCUGAUGUCGAUGUCGAGAGACCGAAAAGCCCAACGACUUUCAACCCAAAGAAGUUUCACGAGACUGUCUUCUAUUGGGUCAAGAAGUUUCGCAAGACGCUGCUGGUGAUGCACCUGUGCAAGAAACCGGGCAGUGCCAGUGCCGACGAAUUUCUGGACAAUUUAUCCUUCGAAGUGAACCUGUGGACCAAUAAUGAACCCGCUGUCCAAGAGGCUUUGAUUAAGUUCAGGGGCGGGCGCGGGCGGGGCCCAGACGAUUUCUUGUGGAAAAACAACAAGUACAUGAAAUUCUCGGUGCGACCGAUCCAAACUGAUUUGCUCGAAUCGGAGACGAGGUUUUUGAAAAAAGUACGAAAAGACGUCGAGCUGGGAGGACGAGUGCAACAAGUAGCCCAAGCGGAGCCCGGAAGUGGUCCACUUUCAUCCAGCAGUAGUAGCGUCGCAGAAGAGCUGCAGCAGUCGAGAUCCCGAGGGGGAGAAUUGAAGAAUAGCGCAGAAACAAUUAUGCAUCAAUCUUUCAUCGAAAAAAGCAGCUAUGUUCGGAACGAAAACGAGAAGCACAUUUCCUUCACCUCAGACCUCCUCGGCAUGGAGGGCUUCCACCCGAAAAUGCACCAAGAUUUGGUGCGCCAAUAUCGGAAAGAAGCGGAGAAAGUUGUCAUGCGAAAUGUGCAAAUAGUACGUCGGGAAGAUCGGGAACAUCAAGGGGAACAAGGAAACGAAAAUCUUCCGAAGCAGGGAAAUAAGAAAACAGUCUACUCAUCGACGUCAGAUGCGAGUACCACACCCCUCCAACAGUGGCUGCACGCCAUUUGCCCCACGCUGCUGUCCCGCGGGCCGGAACAGACGGCGUUUUUCUCGGCAAUUGACGUCUUGAAGCACGCAAUUGUGACGUUCGAGCAGGGGGUCAUGCUAGAUUUAGACGUGAAACUCCCAGACCGCUACGAGCAACAGUUCGGAGAAAGUUUGUUGCGAUCUUUGUACCAUUUCGGCUACACUCUUCCCCAGGGACCCCCGCCGAACUACUUUUACGAAAACAACUUUUUGGCGGUUGCGGAUGUUGAUUUAGCAUCUUCUUCUGCUCCUGAUGCGGGAGACGGAGAAGCUCAAGCAAAAGGAGAAGGAAAUUUCGCAGCAGAUAACGCUCGAGCGGCGAGUAUGAGUGCGAAGUUGCUGUUUUACCGGUUUUUGGAGGAGAUGGCUACUCUCCCGUUGGAGAAAGUGGACACAAAACGGAGUUUGGGCGUCUUUUACAAAUACGAAACGGGGCUGCCGGUGCAUCCGGAAGCCUUGAGUAGGCAGUUGAUCUACCCGCCGAGCGGGAAUUUAUGAUGACGUGGGGAAGCUUGGCUUUGGAGGAUAGAACGAAUCGAAAUGGAUGAUGUUCUAAAGGAUGGACAAUUUAAUAGCUACGAUAGCCUUGCGUAGGUGUAAGGAAUUACUAUCGGACGAGCUAGCUUUGACUUUUUGAUUUUGGCGGAGACUUUGGAUCGCCACAGAUGAGUACGACUAUGAUAAUGAUCGAUAUGAUCUACAUUAUUUUAUCAAGAUGCCUUCAUCUCGCAUGGGGCAUCACAACGUGGUCCGCGCGCUGUUAUUCAUAGAGCACAUUUGUAUUUCCCAAGUUCAUCAUCGUCCUCAGCAAAUAGCUGCGAUAAACCUAACACAGAAGCUAGAUCAGAAAGAACAAAUUUGAAUAUAGGGCGCCAGAAAGAUAAAAAUGAGCAGUUAUUGGGUGAAUCAGACAGGAAUUAUUAUCAUGCCAGUCAGUAUGUUGAAUGAAUAAUACGACCC